CUGCCUCCCUGGAUCCCUCCCGGCCCGCGCGCGCCGCUAGUGCAGACCUCCGGGCUCGACAGGCGGCGCGGGUGGCGGUAAAAUGUCGGCUCCAGGACCUUACCAGGUGGCUGCAGGCCCUUCUGCAAUGCCCACUGCACCCCCAACCUACGAAGAGACAGUGGGUGUCAACAGCUACUACCCAAUGCCCCCAGCACCUGUGCCGGGGCCAGCCACAGGGCUCAUCACAGGCCCAGAUGGGAAGGGCAUGAAUCCACCUUCGUACUACACCCAGCCUGUGCCUGUUCCCAAUGCCAACGCAAUCGCCGUACAGACGGUGUAUGUGCAGCAGCCAGUCUCCUUUCAUGACCGCCCUGUCCAGAUGUGCUGUCCGUCCUGCAGUAAGGUGAUCGUGACCCAGCUGUCCUACAACGCCGGCGCCCUCACCUGGCUGUCCUGUGGCAGUCUGUGUCUGCUAGGGUGUAUCGCUGGCUGCUGCUUCAUCCCAUUCUGUGUGGAUGCCCUGCAAGACGUGGACCAUUACUGCCCCAACUGCAAAGCGCUCCUGGGCACCUACAAGCGCUUGUAGGACUUGGCCAGCCAGCCAUAGGGGAGAUGGUAGAUGCAUGCUACCGGAAGUCACCUGACCCUUG